AUGGAGAUCUCAGAUAUCUUCGGUCCUCCACCUGACGGGCUCGAUCUAUCCGAGGACCAAUCAGGCACUGUCAUUGCUCCUAUCGCUGUGGUGUUGGUCUUGGCCAUUACUGCUGUUUGUCUCCGCUUCACUACAAGACAUGUGGUCGAGGCGCAACGCAUGGCGGCUGACGAUGUGUGGAUCGCCUUUGCAUUGUUCUUUAGCUUCGGAACAGCUGCCUGUGUCUUUGCUGCAUUAUCAUUCGGAUGUGGGAAACAUAUCUGGGUUCUCAGCACCGAUCAGUUCAAGAAAAUACAACAGGUCGUCUACGCAGCCGCCCAGAUCUAUGCCGUAACGGUGACGUGCACUAAGACAUCGAUCGUAUGCUAUUACCGGCGCAUCUUUGACUUCUCAAUCAUCUUCUACGUUCUCAUGUUUCUUAUCAUUGGCUAUUGUAUUACAAUCAUCACCGUUAUGAACACCGGCUGCCACCCAGUCACCUACAUGUGGGAUCAAUACGUCGACCCAACCGCCGAAGGGAAAUGCGUCGACCUGCUCACCUUCUACUACGCCAACGCCAUCGCCGCAACCCUGAUCGACAUCUUCAUCCUCAUCACCCCCAUAUACCCCGUCUGCAAGCUGCAGAUGCCGACGACCAAGAAGAUUGCCGUGCUGGGCAUCUUCCUCCUUGGUGGCGUCGUCAUCGGCGCCAGCAUCGCCCGCAUCGUCUCCCUCCUCAAAAUGGCCACCAUGAAAGACCAAUCCUGGGGCCUAUGCUCGGGCCUCAUCUGGACCUGCCUCGAACCCUGCGUCGGCAUCGUCAGCGCGUGCCUUCCAACCCUCGGCCCGCUCGUCCGGCACUGCAGAGGUAAGAUGUCGCACGCGUCGCACAGCUACCCGCAAGAGUCCGGCGAAGCGAACCACACCACCUCGUCGUCUCGCCACAAACACCACACAUACUCGUCGUCGAAGAAAGUCAAGACCGGCACGGGGCCGGCGAUAGUGGACGAACAGUUAGUGACCCUCGAGUCCGAUGAGUACGAGUUGAGGGGCUGCGAGGUCAUGACGGCUCACAGGACGAAUAGCGUCCGCACGUCCGAGGAGGUUGAUUUGGGCGGCGGCGCGGUGACGCAGGAGUUGGGGUUGAAUCGGAAGUGA